UUACUCGCUCGAAAGAUGUCAAAGAAAAGAAUUCCCUGCGAGCCGCGGGCAUCGCAGGCGCGGCUGUCGCCCGAUUGCUUUGAUCGCACCGGAAAGUUGGUGUAUUACAAGAAUGCAGCUGCUGGGAUGUUGCAGCAGCAGGAAAUCCCAUGUGGCGUGCGCAAGGACAGGCCGGUGAAGACCAAGGACGCCAAUGGCAAACGCAUGCUGCCGCCGGGCACACGUCCACCGGGACGUGUCCCAGGUGCCUUGGCCGUCAUGGCGCGUCGCAUCGGCGGCAACAAACCGACGCCCAGCGAGAAGCGUGCCGAGUCCGGAAAGGCUACGUUCUUCCAUGUGCAGGGCCAGUCGUGGGAGUCGAAGGGCUUUGCCGAGCUCACUCCCAUUGAGCUGGAGCGAAUGCGAUCGGGGCGUCCAAAGACCGCCGACGAGAAGCGGGCCGAGCAGGCCAUGAAGCAGGAAGAACAGCGCCAACAGACGGAAGAGACCGAACGGAUACGCAGCUAUUUCCGUGCCAUUGACGGGCAGCGGCGCGAGAAGGAGCUCCAGCGCCAGCAGGAUAUGGAGGCGGCCGACGUCGACGAGGAGCAGCGAGCGGAGGCGAGUCGCCUCAAGGUGUUGCAGCAUUCGCUGAAUGUCAGAUACGAAAUGGAUGAGCGAGUGCGGGAGGCCACCAAGGCCAUUUCGGAGGCCAAAUGCAGCGCCAUUUGGACCGCACAGGUACAAGAGCGUCAAUUGCUUGACCGCGCCCAGGCAGAAUGUGACGCCCAUCAGGCGCGCAAGAAUCUCGAGUACAACAACAGUAAGUGGGGCACCGACAAGCAGAAGGAUGCGAUCGAUGAGAUCAAGCGUCGCCAGUAUGGUGCGGAUGUCCGCCAGCAGAUACUCGAUCGCGAAAAGAUGCGGUUCACCGCCCAGGAUCGGCAGCAGCAGGAGGCACACGAGAUGCGAGUCUCUGUCGAUGAAUUCAAGAAAGCGGAGGCCCACCACGUCCAGGCCGUCUCCAAGGGGAAGCAGAGCUAUCGCCAGGAGCUGGACAAGUACUCAAAGAUGCAUCGCGAGUUUGUGCGCAUGCUGUGCCAGCAGGAUCAGAGUGACGAGCGGCGCGCCUACGACUACCUGCUGCAGAAGGAGGCCAAACUGCGACAGGAGCUAGCCGAGAGGAAGGCCCAGCAGGCUGAGGUGAAGCGCCAGCGUGACGCUCUGUUUGUCGUUCAGCAGAAGAUGAUGAACGCCAAGGACAACCAGGACGAGAUGCGCUUCAUAGCCGAGCACGAGCGCCUCGAGCGCAAGUAUCGCGAAGCUGAGCGCCAGGCCGCCGAAAAGGAGCGCCGCAUCGCCGAUGAACUCCGCAAGGGAAAUCUCGAGCAGCUCGAUCGCCUCAGUCAGAUGAAGGCCUGCUACUACACGCAACGGGAGCGCGACAACAGGGUCAUGAUGCAGCUCCGCGCCGAGGAGGCGGAGCAGCGUAAAGUUGAGGCCGCCGCGGACAAGGUGAAGCGGAACAAUCUCCGCUUGGGCGUCGCCUGCCAGAUGGAGGAGCGCGAAAGGGCGCGUCGCCGUGAACUGGCCGCCGAGCGUAUGGAGUUUGAAAAGGAACGCGCCGCGGAGGUGCAACGCCAGACAGAGAUCGAUACGGUGAUUGCCGUGAAGCUGGAUGAUCUGACCAAGCGCGGAUGUCUGCCGGGACGAGAGCUCAAUACGUUGAAGGGUCGUGUGGCGAAUGCGGCACACAAGAAGCUGGGGGCAGCGAUGACUUAAGCUUCUGCCACAGCACACCACACACUACACUCAAUUAUAUCCACGUCAAACACAUGCACACAUCCACACAUCCACACAUCCGAAGAUGACAAAUGG